AUGCCACAGCCACAGGCGCCGCCGCCGCGGCCCGCAGGCCAUCGUGGGAACAGCACUGUGGCUCAGUUUAAGCCCAAGCGGUGGCAGGUCGAAGACCACUGCGGUAUCUGUAGCACCGAGUUCUCGUUGCUCAACGCUCGACACCACUGUCGCGCGUGCGGUCUCUCGGUAUGCGGUAAGCACUCGAAAAGCAAGGCGAUUGUACCCACGUCGCUGUCGAAAGUGCCGCAGCGAGUGUGUGACAAGUGCUACCCGCGGUGCCACGCCAUUGCAAGGGGCCUCGCGCCCCCAUCUGCACGCCGAGACCAGCCGGACGACAAGCGCAGGCACGAGCCGAAGCAAGUUCCGAUUCCCAGAUUUUUCCUGCAAGCCAGUGGCAAGCAUGGCGUGAAGAAUUUGUCGACGUGCCGCACCACUUCGUCAACACUGAGCAAUCUUGGCGCUGGUAUGAGCGCGCACGAAGAUGUUACGACACAAAUUGCGGUACCGAAGCUGAAAAUAAAGCACCCGCCAUCCCGUAAGGAGAAGGAAAGACAGAGUGCGUUUGCUGAUUCAACGUUCUCCAUUUUCAGUCUGGCUGGAUCCGAUCACUCCGGUUCUGAAUCCGAGGCGCCUGAUAAUGCAGCGAGGAAGGUUACAGCACGUAGGUCUGGAAAGAGUCGAAGCAACAGCGUGAGCCGGGAGUCGAAGGAAAAGAAGGAGCACCUGGACUUCAGCGCCUCUUCCAGCAGUCUGUCAGGCUUUGGGGUGUCAGAAAUCACGCAGAAAUAUCUAAACCCGAAGCCGGCGAAAGCGACAACGCAGAAACCAAGCUUGACGAUCGAAGAGGACUGCGAAAGUAAAGGAUCAGGUGUGGAGUCAAGGAGCCGUAAAGAGGACCCAAGAAGCUAUGAGGGCGAGAGAAAAUGCAACGCAUUACCACCGAAACCGCGCAAGCAUAACAGCGAGGGUCAUGGUGAAGGACAGACUGCCGAUCUACCUCACCAAGGCGUCAAACCUGUCGAUGCAAAGCUCGGUAAGAGCAACGAGACAUCUGAGCAGCCACGAUCCGAAGCUAGUCCCGUGCCAAUGCGGACAUUGUCCAUCUCGGGAUAUAGUGAGUUUGAGGCAACGCAGCUUGCACCGAGCAACGACACGUGCUUUGAUGGUGACGAUAAGGGUGAUGAGGCGCUCGCUGAGUUGCUGGACGCGUCUGAUCAAGAUAUAGAGGAUCCGAUGGCCAAGCUUCGAGCGAAGAAGGCGGCCAUCGCUGGGAUUGACCCUGCCAGUCUGAUCGCAAAAGAAAAUGCGCGAACAACCGCCAACUACGAGUUGACGACUAGAGACAUGAAGAUCAUGCAGCAGAUUGCGGAGCUAGAAGCAGUCGUUCUCCAGCAGCAGAAGGAUUUGCCGGCCUUGCUGGAUAUGUAUGUCGAGGCCACCAGACGUGCGAGAAAGGCACAGAGAGAAUUGCGAAAGGCAAAAGUACGUGCGAGUCAGUACGAAAAAGCGCGCGCUGCAGUGGCGCGGGCCAUCCGCUCUGGGAGAUUGUACAUGAAGCAAAAGGAGUACAUGGCUGCUAUUCUCGAACUCUCGCGCGCGAUCGGUAUCGAGCGCUCGAACGCGACAUUGUGGUUUAUGAUAGCCGAGUGUCGUUUGAUGGUCAGCCAGCCUGUUGCUGCGGAGGAGGCGUGCAUGACGAGUUUGAAUCUACAGCCGACAGGCGCUGCUGUAGCGAUGCUCGGACGUAUCAUGCACGAACGGGGACGGCACGAUGAGGCAAUUGAGUGUUAUUUAUCGGUUUUGGGGCAAAAUGAUGAGAGCGAGGGCGACGAAGAAGAGGAGGAGGAGUACCAAUAA